AUGCCACAAUCCUGCACAGCCUGCAUCCAGGCGACACGAUCCCGCUGUGUCGACGCUGCCUGGGUGAAUUCCAAAAGGGAGGAGACGGGCGUGCAGAGGGGUGGGGGGCUGUGA